GUUAUUGAUGUAAUUUACAGUCAACUCUAGCACAAAACCUUAAAAAUCAUAGAUUCCAUCAAAAUAUCCUAGGCUCUAGCAUUCCUAGAAUAAUUUGUCCCCCUAUAAAGCUCUUCCCAAAGUUGCCACCUGAAUUCCCUAUUUAAUUACCGCCUGUAUAUGAUGAUGAAAUCAUAGAAAUGUUGGCUGGUCACUUUAUGAAAAUUGACAUCGCAGGCUAUUCAUUAUUAGGACUAUGUUCAGCUGAGCUUAUUUUACAGUUGCAUUAAUUGAUACAAAUUUUAUAAUUAUAUCAACAAGAAUUUUACAAGAAUUAGCAGUCUCGUUAUUAUUGUGAUGGCAGAGAGUACAGGAUUCUUCCAAAGUGGCAGAGACUACGAAUCUCGAUAUGUUAACCAUCGCUAUCUAACAGAGGAGAAGAAAGUUUUGAGCCAAUAUGAAAGUGUUGAUUAUUUUAGCCCCCAUAGCCAAAUUUACAAGGAAUGGGUAGCAAAGCAGCCAGCAAGAUUUGAGUGGGAUAGAUGGGUUACAAUGGGGUGCAUCGGCUUUCUUGUGGGCUUGACUGCCUUCAUUAUGCACCAAGGUAUAGGUAUUAUAUCAGAGAACAUGCACGACCUGGCUAUGAGACAGAUAGAAAUAGGGGAUAUUAUGGGAGGUUGGGUUAUUCUGACAGGAAUUUCUGUUAUCCUUGUUCUUCUCAGCUCCUCUAUUGUCGUCCUCUGUUGCCCAGCUGCUGGGGGGUCAGGAUUACCAGAGUUGAUUGCGUAUCUAAACGGUACUAACGUACGGAGAAUAUUCUCACUUAAAACCUACAUUGUUAAAUUUAUUUCCUGUCUCCUUGCUGUUGGGUCGGGUAUGCCUGUGGGACCUGAGGGUCCUAUGAUUGCUUUAGGCGGUCUGAUAGGCGCAAGUGUUAGCCAGUUCAAGUCUAAAGUGUUAAAGAUAGAUAUCGCCCUGUUCAAGAGGCUCCGUAAUUCUGAAGACAGGAGAAACUUCCUCACGGCUGGUGCUGGAGCCGGGGUAAGUGCCGCGUUCGGAGCACCAGUAGGAGGGCUCCUUUUCGCUAUGGAGGAAGUGUCUAGUUUCUGGAGUGACAAGUUAGGCUGGCAGACAUUCUUUUGUUGUAUGGUUUCAGCGUUCACAGCCGACCUGUUCAACUCGGCGUUCGAUAAGUUUGAGUACACGGGCAACUUUGGAUUGUUCCAGAAGGACAACUACAUAAUCUUCCAUGUUGAGAACUACAUUCCAUUAAACCUCCUUGUUUUUAUACCCGCUAUUCUGUUGGGCGGCAUUGGGGGUGUUUUAGGAGCAAUGUUCACCUUUCUUAACCUCAAAAUCGUACGAGUGAGGAAGAUAGUCCAAGACAAGUGUGCUUCAAACCGACACCUCCUUUCCUUUGUAAAGAUGUUUGAACCUAUCCUGAUAAUGGCGAUAGUGUCCACUCUGAAGGUUCUAGUUAGCGACCUCUUCCCAUGCCACCUACCUCAGUGUUUAUUCAACGGGACUAGUCCAGAGUGUCUGGGACACGGGGGAGGUGAACUGUUUCACACGGAACUGACAGUAGAGACGUUCACUUGUAAACACGAGGACACGGUUACUGUCAAUGGGACAGAGUAUUUUAAUGGGACUUACAACGCAUUUGCUACCAUCUUCUUUUCCUCUGGAGAAGAAGCGAUACACCACCUGUUCUCGCGGCAGACUCACAACGAGAUACCGCCUCUCCCUCUAGCAAUAGCGCUCCUUCUUUACUUUCCUCUAGCUUGCUGGACUGCUGGAACCAGCAUUGCUUCCGGGCUAGUUGUGCCAAUGUUGUUGAUUGGAGGAUUAUUUGGACGACUGGUAGGCUGUCUGGCAAUUCUGAUAUUCGGAGUAAAAACAACUCCCUUCUGGGCAUGGCUCGACCCUGGAGCCUUCGCUCUUAUCGGGGCUGCUUCCUUCUUUGGUGGAGUGUCCCGACUAACCAUGUCACUGGCUGUUAUUCUGAUGGAGAUGACGAAUGAUAUCCAGUUUCUCCUGCCGAUCAUGGUAACGAUAAUGGUCAGCAAGUGGGUGGGUGACCUCCUGACUCACUCAUUCUACCACGCUUUGCUAGAGGUGAAAUGCAUCCCAUUCCUAGAUAGUGAACCCUUCAUCACACACAAUGGAUCGCCUGUAUCACUCGAAUUGUUCAAGGCUGGAGAUGCCAUGUCGAGUCCUGUCGUGUGUGUGAAGAAAGACGAAAGUGUGUCCGAGUUAGCGGAGAAGAUGCUGGAGUAUGAGCAUUGUGGGUUUCCAGUUGUAAACGAUCAGAACCAAUUGAUAGGUUCCGUUACCAGGAGGAUAUUGGCGGUUGUUUUGGAGUUCCACUUUGAUCAGGACAGGGAAAAUGUGACUUAUGACGAGUUUCUACAACACGACCCGAGUUUCAGACAGAAGACAAUAUUUGAUAAACUUGUGACCGACUCUGGGGACAAAAGAAUAAACCUAGACUCUUACAUGAACCAGUCAGCUGUCAGCGUCCCCUUAUCUUUCUCUCUACACAGAACGUACGUGUUGUUCCGCACACUAGGGUUACGACACCUCAUAGUUACUGAUGACAGUAACACCGUAGUGGGGAUGCUGUCUCGGAAGGAUCUCAUGGGACACACUUUAGAGGACCGACUGUCGCCCAUCAUAUCAGAAGUCAUUGAAAGAAAAGCAGCUUGAUAUAAAUUUAAUUUUGUGAACUAAAAAAUUGUUAAAUGAUGACUCAAGUUAAUUAUUAUUUUGAUAAAUCGUACGAUGGUCGAUGAAACAUAACUUGCAAAAGCUUUCAUUACUUUCGCUCAAAUGUGAAAUGACGUCGUGUUAGGAAACACAGUAUAUUUAAAGUUAAACAAUAUUCAUGGAUACAGUUUAGCUAAUUUAAAGUUUGACAGGUCUGUCUCAAUGAAAUCCUCACUCUUUAUAUUUCCAUUAAAAAAGUCUGAGCAUGAAAUAAUGGCAAACAUUUUAAUGGAGAGGAAUUUGUCACAUUUCACAGUUUCGAUUGAUUUGUGAUGUAAUGGCGAUCCAUUGGCCCCACCAAUUCUUUAUUCUUUAACAAUCAU